AUGCCUAAAAUAAUUGUAGUAGGCGCAGGAUGGUUUGGCUUGAUCGCGGCAAAAACAUAUCUCCACAUCCAUCCCAAUGAUUCCCUCCUCAUCCUAGAGUCUGCCUCCCAGCUGGGCGGAACAUGGUCCCGUGAACGUAUCUAUCGCGGGAUGAUAACCCACAACGGCAUUGGAGCCCUGGAGAUCAGUGACUGUCCGCUUGAGAAUGGGACACCAACCGCUGAAAGCUACAUUAUCGGGCCUGAUGUAACCAAUUACCUAUAUCACCUGGCUACCAAGUACUCGCUCCAUGAGAGGAUACAGUGUGAUUCACCGGUCGAUUCUAUCGAUAGAGACCCUUUAACAAAAGAAUGGAUUUUGAACAUUGUCCGCGCAGAUGGCAGUAAGGCUGAGCAGCGGUGCGAGAAGCUGAUUAUGGCGACUGGAUUGACAUCGAAGCCAUUUACUCCGACUGACAUUCCAGUGAAUAGCCCCAGAAUGCCAAUGAUUCACUGCACUGAUCUUGGAAAGGCUCAAGACUUCUUGGAGAGCGUUGUAGUCAACCACGUUACUAUCUAUGGUGGCUCCAAGUCCGCAUUCGACGCCGCAUAUAUGUGUGCAGCUGCUGGAAAGAAAGUGGACUGGAUUAUACGUACCACAGGUCAAGGUGUAGGUUCAAUGUUCACUGCAAAGUCCUUGGGACAAACCUCAGCUUUGCUGGCGCCGAAAAGAUUCUUCAAUGCAUUGAGCCCAUGUGUCUACAAUCGCAAUACCCUAGUUUCCCGUUUCCUUCAUGGGACAAGUUUUGGACGUGCACUCAUCAGAACAUACUGGCGCACAUUCACAAAAAUCCUGUAUAAAAAACAGGGUCUCAACACCUCGGAGAAUGGGCGUAAACUCAAACCUUCUCUUGGAGAACUCGGCCCAUUCUGGUCCGGUAGUACUCCGACAGGUGUGCUCAGCCAGGUCGAUUUCUGGGAUUAUGUGCACCCCGCAAACGCGCCCAUUACCGUUCACCGUGCUGAAAUCGACUCUAUCAAUGGAGGGACCGUUAAGUUGAGUGAUGGCGUGGAAAUAAGACCAGAUGCGCACGUCUGGGCCACUGGGUGGAUUCGUAACUCAUCCCCUCUUGCGAGGGACACAACCCUGGGUUUAUAUACCGGCGUGCCUCUGCCGUUACCUCGGAUUCCGAGUUCUUCCAAGGAGCAUUGGGACAAGCUUGAAGGAUCAGCGGAUAGUCUCAUUCUUUCCACCUUCCCGAUUCUUGGUUCUCCACCGCCUUACAACCGACUUCAGCGGACCCACAGUCCUUAUAGAUUGUAUCGUCUUAUUGCACCUCCAGAGAUGGCAUGUCGUAAUGACCAUACUUUGAUCCACGUUGGGAUGGUACACACCAGUGCCACAGGGAUGAUGGCGGAGCUACAGGCACUUUGGGGCGUUGCCUAUUUGGAUGGAAAGCUGGAUCUCGCUGAGAGGAAGGAGGAAAUGGAUAUGGAGUGUGCUCAAGCAAAUAUGUGGGCAAGGAGGAGAUACAUGAACUUAGGGGAAAAGUGUGCAAACUUGACAUUUGAGUUCUUGCCGUAUUUUGAUACACUCCUCGGAGAUUUGGGGCUCAAUUCUGAACGUAAGGGCGGUGGGUGGAGAGAAUGGUUCUCAACUUAUACUCCUGCAGAUUAUAAGGGUGUUUUGGAAGAAUACAUGGAGAACCAUGAGGGCAUGGGUGUCAAGGAUAAGAGCAUUUAG